AUGGGGAGACCCUCUGAGGACGGCUGGGACGUGCUGAAGAUCGGGUAUUGGGGCUCGGAGUGGCCCUGCGACGAGGUGGCGAAGGGCGUGUACCUCGCGAGGCUGGCCGGCGGCAAGAGCAAGGUCAUGGGCUGCAGCCACAACUACGCUGGCACGCAGGCCUACGUCGUCACCGCGCGCUCGGCCGGGAGGGUGCUGUCGGUGUUGGACGAGGAGGAGAUCCGAGACAUCGACCAGCUCCUGUGCACGGGCCUGCAGUGCGCCUGGCGCAUGCCUGGCAGGAAGACGCCGAUGGUGUACGCGCUUUCCGAUCUCAAGCCGUACUUCAAGGACCUAUUCAGCGAAAGUAGUGACUUGGCCGCCCGGGCGGACGCCGCCGACACGCGUGGCGGCGCCGUUUCGGGUUGCGAGGUGAGCGUGGGAGUCCUGCUGCGGGUCGUGCCCGCUCCGUGA